GACACUAGCACUUUUACUCCAUGCGUGUUUCCCAACCCAUCGCCAGCGGUAGUUUGAGAUCCGGGGUGUUUGUGACUACCUAGUACUCCGUAAUCAUCACCUCCCGUCUUCACGUCUGAUCAUCAUUAUAUCUUUGUUACCUGGAAAUGGAGUUGGUGGGACCCUUUUGGACUGUUGCCACUGAUAUAAUCACACUACCUACUCGUACAGUCUGCUUGCAUUCCUGAUAUCUGAUCUCUCUUCUCAAAAGUCCACACAGACUGCCUUUUGUUUCACUAGCAGAUCCUUACACCUCCCCUCCCCCCUUCUGGACGACCAUACAAUAGAAAGAAAACAAAAACAUGAAGUAUCUACACUUGACAGCCCUCCUAUACCUGUUUACCUUUGUCGCAUCGGCGCCGCAACCCUCUUCAGAAUUCGGCGGCGACAUCUCGGUGCGCAAUGCUGAUUCGUCAUCACCCCUCGAAUCCUUCAACGCAUUAGAAAAGCGCAAAGGCGGCGGCGGCGGUAAAGGAGGUGGAGGAGGAAGCACUGGCGGCCGCACCGGUUCAGGCUCUUCCGGGGGAGGGUCAGGCGGUGGUCGCCCGGCGUCGUCGUACUCGUUCUCCCCGUCGAGCAACGUCGGAGGCAGGACACGCGACGGAUCCGGCACGGCCAAGACCUACGGGAACAGGUACGCAGGAGGCGCCGUCGUGCCCUACACCGCGGGAGGACGGUCACCCACGAGAGGCAUCGCCCCGUACGCGCUCCCCCUCGGCGCCCUCGCCCUGUUCCCCGCGGGCCUCUGGCUGUACGGGUCCGUGUGGGCGUACCCUUACGGCAUCCCCUACCACUACUACCACGACGGGCGCAACACCACGAGCAACGUCACCUGCGUGUGCCAGCGGUACCAGGUCUGCGGGUGCGACCCGACCGACAACAGCACCUUCCUGGACCAGGUCGUCACCAACGGCACCGGGUCGGCCCCCGUCAACACGAGCCUCGUGCGCACCGUGGACUACGGCAACGGCACCGCGGCGACCUACAUCAACGGGUCCCUCGCCAACGGGACCACGUCGGACGGUGGUUCGGACCCGAGCAAUGCCGACGAAAUCAGCGCCGCCGUGAAAGUCAUGAUGGACUUUGGAGGUUAUUGGAUCAUGGUCGCGACGGUGGUGACGGGGAUCUGGAUGACGGCAUAAUGAUAACGAGUUCGAAAUGGCAAAGGACAAUGAUCGUAACAAGUUAUGAACCUGGGUUUUUUUAAAGAACGGGAGGAACUGGGUGAAUGUUCGUACAUCGUUUCGUCAUUCUAGGAAGCAUCGAUAAAGGGCUUAUAUUUUUGGCUAUGGUUCAAGCAAUGCUCAAUUUAUCACAUGAAGAGCGAGCGGAGGUCACAGUACACUUCGGGUUCGUCUCGAGCGCAUCGGGCAGGAAAACGAUGGCAGGCAUAGGAAGUACGUUUGUAUAGCAUAUGGGAUCGAGCAAGCGUACCUCAUGUUUAGUAGAACAGUCGUUACUUCUUCUGUACACAAACCACCAUUCAUGAUAACGGAGAUAGUUGCGUUACGAUGUUCAGCGAAUAUUCACG